UUCUCUUACAUGUGCAGGGAAAUCUGUGCCUUGCUUUUCCAUGUAAUUGAGCAGGAUGUCUUUUAUGGUUUGGAUCCUGUGACCUCUCGGGAGCAGUUGCUCCGAUCAGUAUUCCUGUACCCCGUCGAUAAAUUGGCGUGUUUUCCGACGGUGUGUAACUGCAGCCUGACUAUCCAAGAGGAGGGGGCUCCCGCUCAGAUGUGCUCCAGCUCUCCGCGUUCACACACCUUCCGCCUUCGAUUUGAACGCCGCAAGAGGCGCCAGUGGCUGGAAGUGGAGCUCGCCUCCUUCCUGCAGCCGUUCAUCGGCCCCAAGAGGGGGCAGCUCCACGCGGUGUUCACCUACCAGUGCUCCGAGGGAGGCUGCAGCGGGCUCAGGCAGAGUCUGUCCGCUCCUUCCCUGCUCCUGUUCCUCAACGACACCGCCGAAGAGUCUCGCCGGAGCUGGCUGCAGACAGAUGCCCGGAGGAGCCCGUUCUCCGGGGGGCCCAGGAGGAAGCUGGCCGUGAGGUCCGUCCGACUUCGUAGAGGUCCCGGAGGCGAUGCCCAGGCACACUCCGCUGCCUUUCCUCCCUUCCCGUAUCCGGAUCACGAGUGCCAGCUGCACGAUUUCCGACUGUCGUUCAGCCAGCUCCGGUGGGACCGCUGGAUCAUCGCCCCGCACAACUACAACCCUCGCUUCUGUAAGGGCAGCUGUCCCCGGGCACUCAGCCACCGCUACGGCUCCCCCGUGCACACCCUGAUCCAGAACAUCCUCUACGAAAAGGUGGACUCCUCAGUCCCUCGCCCUUCCUGUGUCCCCGCCAAAUAUAAUCCACUCAGCGUGUUAACCCUGGAAAACGAUGGCUCCAUAGUUUACAAAGAGUAUGAAGAUAUGAUCGCUACGACCUGUACCUGCCGCUAGUAGGUGGUGUGCACCUGAAAUUCGCGUGGUCCAUUUGGAAAUGGGAAAUGUCAUUGCUUCAAAAGCCAAGAAAAUCGCCAUGUGUAUUAUAGUCAACUUUUUAUUUCGAUUUAUAUAUUUUUGUUUUAUUUAUUUUUUCUGCUUAGUGUUCAUUCUAGAUCUAAAUGCCCAGGAUGGGCUGUGGCCUUCAGCUGUUAAGACCGCGUGUGACUGGAUUUCAAAUACAAUAUAUCGCUCCAAUUAGUUUGAAAUUAUUUUCGCUAAGUGUGCUGGGUUGUCAAAGAAGUUUGUUUUUAAUGUUUAAAGUCGUAUGAAGCGAGUGUUGAUGUAGAGGCGAUAAGUGUCCUAAGUGACGUUUUUCUUGGCCAUGCAGGCAUGGAAAGUUGGGUAUAUCACAAUCACCAAUACUGCCUUCACUUGUCCCCUAAAUCUGCCCUGAAAGUAACUUUUUAUAUUCAAACGUUUGGUGAUGCAGCAUUUUUUUAUUUGGGUGGGUUACCAGUAUUUAUUCAGAAUAGAUACGUUAAAUAAUUAUAUACCUUUCACAAACUGUGCAUUGGUGUGUGCACCACAGCCAGUAAUGAAAAGAGAAAUAUUUCCACUUGACUGAAAUUCCAGUGACUUUUUAAGAUGCUGAACUGGAGAAAUUAAUGUAUGGCUGCUGAUUGAAACUUAAGAUGUAACUUUUUAAAGGCUUUUUAAAAAUACAUUUGAGUGAGAAUGAAUCUUUUGCACAAUUGAGACUUGUGACACAAGACCCUGGUGGUAUCUGGUAUAGUUAGUGUAAAAUCUAUGAACAAUACUGAUGCAAACUCUACUUGGAGAGUGAAGACAAAUAAAUAACAAUUGCAAAUUUGAAUUGCAUUUGAGUGCCUUUUUGUUUUACUUCUGGAAUUACCAAUUUUUGUGGAAAGUUACUGAUUGGAAAUGGGAUUCUAAAAGAGCA